AUGGUUUCUAGGGAGAUGGUAGAUAAGUUGAAUUUAGAGUGUGAGAAACAUCCUCACCCUUACCGUAUUGCAUGGUUUAAGAAGGGGAAUGAAAUUAUUGUUGAUAAGAGGUGCUUGAUCAAGUUAUCUAUAGGAAAAACUUACAAAGAUGAGGUUUGGUGUGAUGUCAUCCCAAUGGAUGCAUGUCAUGGAUUAUUGGGGAGGCCUUGGCAAUAUGACAGAAAGGUCAUGCAUGAUGGGGAAAGGAAUACUUAUACAUUUUGGAAGGAGGGAUCGAAAUUCAUCUUAUUACCCCUUAAGGAUGUAGGGGAAGCUAAGAAUGUGUUGUCUGAAAGAGAGCUUGUUAAGGAUAUGAAGGUGAGAGGAUUUUGUUAUGCAUUAAUGGUACAAAAGGAGGAAGGAGGAGGGAUACCAAUACCUACUGAAAUAGCAAAGGUACUCAAAGAAUAUAUUGAUGUUAUACCUGAUGAGCUACCUGAUGGUCUUCCACCGAAGCGAAAUAUUCAACACCAUCUUGAUCUAAUUUCGAGAGCAUCUCUACCUAAUCAGGCAGCAUAUAGGAUGAGCCCUACACAACAUGUAGAACUCAACAAGAAGGUGAUGGAGCUUAUGAAAAAAGGUGUUGUGCAAGAAAGCAUGAGUCCAUGUGUUGUACCAACAUUAUUAACACCAAAGAAAGAUGGUACAUGGAGGAUGUGCAUAGAUAGUCACGCAAUCAAUAGAAUUAUCAUCAAAUACCGGUUCCCUAUACCUCACUUGGAUGACAUGAUGGAUGUUCUUGCAGGGGCUUAG